UGCUGGCGGACGGGCCGGCACCGAGCGAUGAGGAACUGGGGGGUGCUGGGGGGCGCGGCGGCGGCGCUGGCAGCCGGGAUUUACGUCCUGUGGGGCCCCAUCACCGGCAGGAAACGGCGCCGGAGAGGGCUUGUCCCGGGUCUCCUGAACCUGGGCAACACGUGCUUCAUGAAUUCCCUGCUCCAGGGCUUGUCCUCCUGCCCCUCCUUCAUCAGGUGGCUGGAGGAGUUCACAGCACAGUACAGGGCAGAGCAGGAAAAAUCCCAGGAGCAUCAAUACCUGUCAGUCACUUUGCUGCAGCUCCUGAGAGCUUUAUCCUGCCAGGAGGUGACAGAGGACGAUGUCCUGGAUGCCAGCUGCCUGCUGGAGGUGCUGAGGAUGAACAGGUGGCAGAUCUCCUCCUUUGAAGAGCAGGAUGCCCACGAGCUCUUCCAUGUCCUGACCUCUUCCCUGGAGGACGAACGGGAUCGGCAGCCCCGUGUGACCCAUCUGUUUGAUGUGCAUUCCCUGGAGCAACCAGAAAUAACCCAAAAGCAAAUAAGCUGCAGGACAAGAGGAUCUCUUCCCCCUGUGUCCAACCACUGGAAAUCCCAGCACCCUUUCCAUGGAAGGCUGACCAGCAACAUGGUUUGCAAACACUGUGAGCACCAGAGCCCUGUGAGGUUCGACACCUUCGACAGCCUCUCCCUGAGCAUUCCAGCGGCUGUGUGGGGUCGUCCCAUGACACUGGACCAUUGUCUCCAUCACUUCAUCUCUUCGGAGUCUGUGAAGGAUGUUGUGUGUGACAACUGCACCAGAAUCCAGGCAGAAGGAAUUCUGAAUGGACAGAGCAUAGAAAACCAGAGAACAACGUUUGUUAAGCAAUUAAAGUUAGGAAAGCUGCCCCAGUGUUUGUGCAUCCACCUGCAAAGGCUGAGCUGGUCAAACCAAGGCACUCCCCUGAAGAGACAUGAACACGUCCAGUUCAACGAAUUCCUGGUCAUGGACAUCUACAAAUAUCGGGUUCCUGGUCCCAAAUCCAGCCAGGAGCAGCUCAGCUGGAAAAACUCCGAGGAGACAACACCUGGAACAAAGGAUGGGAGAGCAGGGAAACCUUCAGAUGCAGAACAACCAGCUGGUACCAAACCUCUCUUCAUGAAUGGUGCCUCCUCUUCCUCCUCCUCCUCCUUUUUAAUGUCCCCAGGAACUUUCCCACUUGCUGCAUUCCCUGAGUGCAGGGCCCCGCUGUACCUGUACCGGCUGAUGGCCGUGGUGGUGCACCACGGGGACAUGCACUCGGGACACUUCGUCACCUUCCGGCGCGCGCCGGGCGCCCGCAGCAGCAGCAGCAGCAGCAGCCAGUGGCUCUGGAUCUCGGAUGAAUCCGUGCGCAGGGCCAGCCUGCACGAGGUGCUGGCUGCCAGUGCCUACCUGCUGUUCUACGAGCGCGUGCACGGCCGGGCCCAGCCCCAGAGCCCGGCCCAGGACUGAGGCAGCGGCGCUGGGAUCAUCCCGAGCCCGUGGAUUGAGCCUCUCUGUUAUGCAAACCUCCCCCCCCACCCCCUCCCCCCAUCCGGGAUCCCUCCCCUGUGGCAAUGGCUGGGAAUUGUGGUUGGUACCCUAAUCCCGCUCUGCCGGCGUUGUGCAGCCCCAGGUGUGUGUUGAGAAGUGUUUUUCUGCCUUGUCCCGAGGCUCUAUUCCAUGUCCUGACACGGCACUUUUCCCGGGGAGAUGCUUUAUCCCACACAUUUCACUUCCGAAGGGGGAGCCCUGCAAAGGGUUGAUGUCAAGCUGCUGUUGAAGAGCCCCUUCCCAUCCCAAUCCCUCCUCUGGCACCUCUCCAUUGUGCACCAGCCCCUCCAGGUUCCCUUCCCUGUGGCAAUGGCUGGGAACUGUGUUUUGUACCCACAUUCCCAGAGCUGUUCCAACAUCGUGCAGCCCCAGGUAUCUGUUGAGAACCCUCUGUCAGGCAGGGAUUUUAUCCCAAGGCUCUAUUCCCAGUGCUUCCCAGUGGGGAGCUGUGGGAGGGGGCGAGGGGAAGCUGCUGUUGGCAAUGAUUUAAGACACAAAGUGCCUUGAGCUUCCCUGAACAGCUGCAUUGCCACUGGCCCAGCCCUCUGCAUGCCCACUGUGCCCUGGGAAUGCCUCACAACCAUGGGAUGAACUCACGGCAUCACAUUUCUCCUGACCUGUCAAGUAAAGGCAUCUCCACAAACAGCCAUGAUCCAAAAGAUUUCCCCGUUCACACGAUUUUCCUACUACUUUAAUUCUUUAUAAAGCCCUUCUCCUGAUUUAAAAUGCAGUUUGCUUUAUCCAGGAGAUAGUUUUGUAUCUAUUAAGAGCUGAAACCUUAAUUUAUUGCUCCAUACCUUUGGAAUGUAGCUGGAAUCAGCACAUGGAAGUGUUUGCUAGUGCUCAGUGUUGUCAUUUCCUUCAGCACUGUUGGAUUCAGUCGUUUUGUAGCAUCAACUACAACUUUUAAUGCUGUGAUUUCCAAGCUGCUGUAAUUGUUCUAGACUUGCCCUUCCCAUUUUCUUGCUGGAAUCUGCCAUUCCCAGCAUUGGGAUCCACGCUCCUGGCUUGCAGCUGAGCUGUAGAGCAGCCCCAGGCCUUGUUGAGUGGAAUAUAAACAUCAGGGCCAGGACUGGUGGGCACUUCCUGGUGUCAUGAAGAAAUCUGGGAAUCCUGGUGUCACUGCAUCAGCUCCAGACUGCCCUGUAAAUAGAAAUAAGAGGAAUUCUGCUGCUCUGGAUUGUUUGAUGUGCAAAAGUAAAAUCCCAAACAAAACACAGAGGGAGAAGCAGCAAAAAUCCUCCUUUCAAAACCUGCUUUUAAAUGACCAGGAAUUAAAUAUGUAGGUUGUUCUUAGCUCUUUUCUGUCCUUGUAAGCUUGGAGGAGAAAAUCCUUCAUCAGACAAGCUUUUUUUUUCAUUGUGAAGUUUUCAAAUAACAACUUAAUCUUAAAUAGUUGUUUUUUUUUUUUUUUUGGGGCAACUUUGUACCUCAUGAAUUCAUAGUGCUGCCCAAAGCUCGGGGGUGUUCACACAUCCUCAGGAGAGGCUCCAAACCAGCCAAAGCAGGAGUGGUCAAAUGGGUGGAUAUGCAAAAUUAUUGACACAACUCAUCAUUCCAGAGUCUGGAGCACAAUUCCUGCUCCAGGUAAUGCUCCUAGUACAUAAAUACUGAGAAAUCCACUGCUGGACUGGCUCCUGGUUCCUGGCUGUGCUGCACGAGCAGUAGCUUGGUUUUAACCUGUUUUAAGUUAUAGAAAAACCAAGAAAACAAACCAACAAAAACCCUUGAAGGAUGCAAAAUGCCAAAAAAUUUGCUCUGGCCAUGGAAGGGAGAGCUGACAGAGCUGGAGGAGGAGCAGCACUGGGGGUCAUCUAAAACCAUCACUCCAGCAGCUCUGCCCCUGUACCUCAGAACUGAAACCAUUGCCAGUGCCAGCAGUGGGUGUCCUGCAUUAUCCAUGCUCAGUGCUCUGCUUAGAGGUUUUUCCUGGAUUUGGGAGUUCAGCUGAGCAGCCCCUUGGUUUAGCUGUGCUGGAGCAGGGGCAGAGGACACGCACACUAUGGACUGUCAGAGAGCUGGCAGCUGGGACAGGGACAAAGUCACCUCUUCCUGCACAGCCAGCAGAUUCUCUUUUGCCAAGAGCUGUUUCCUUGGGCUGUGGAUUGACUCUGGAUCUCCCUCAAGGGCUAUCAAGGGGAGGGUUGAGCCUUUGUUGUGGCUUUGCCUGGUGGGCAGGAGUGGAUGGGCUCGGCUUAACCCUCAGGUGAGGAAGGGAGCGAAGCCCAGCACCUCAGUCCUGAUCCUGAGCUGUGCCAGAUCCUCCCAACCCCCUGUGAGCAUCAGAUCUGUGCAGGGCUUUGGGAGCUCAUCCUCUCCCCUGGAGGUCACUGGGAUCUGUUUUCCAGCCAACCACACCUGUGGAGGUCACUGGGAUUUGUGCAGGUGUUUGGGAGCCAAGCCUCCCCUUUGGAGGUCCCAGGGCUCUGUGUUUGCCAGCCAAGCCUCCCCUUUGGAAGUCACUGGGAUCUGUCUUUCCAGAGGUCACAGAGCUCUGUGUUUUACAGCCAAGCCUCCCCUUUGGAGGUCACUGGGAUCUGUUUUCCAGCCAAACCUCCCCUCUGAAGGUCCCAGGGCUCUGUGCAGGCACAAGGCUCAAACUUGUUACUUGUCCCUCCCAAGCUGCCAUGGUGGAGAAGAUGUUAAUAAACUGUAAAGAAUUAAGAGCUCCAAGACGACAUCUCUAUGUUUGGAUUAUUCUGGUCUUAUUUUGUGUGUUAAUUUAACGAUGUCUGUUCCAGUCCAAGCACUGCACUGCUGUUGGAAGUUGCUUUUUUCACUUCAGGGUAUUUUUGUAACUGUACAGUAGCAAUAAAAGAACAAACUUGGUAGAAAAA